GCGGCUUUGCUAGGAGGGGAGAAUUUUCCCUCGCUCCCUUGCAGCAUCCCUCCCCGGCACACACGCACACACGGAGACCUCGCGCUGUGUGUGUGUGUGUGCGCGCGUCUGUGUGCAGCGGCGGCCGCCGCCUCUCGGCACCCCGCGUCUGCCGUCCCCGCGCUCCCCACCGCCGCGGGGCGUCCUCCGCCCGCCGCAGCGCCGUCGGCCCCGGCCCGGGGAGGAGGAGAAGGAGAAGGAGGAGGAGGAGGAGGCGGCGGCGGCGGCGGCGGCGGCUCCGCUGCUCCGCGGCCGCGCACCGGCAGCGAUUUUGGAUUCUGAAUUUUGAACAAUUUUUGGUUAUAUGCUUCUUGAAACUUGGAGAAUACCUGCAAUAAAUAGGAUUGGCCAUGAGAAUUUGUAACGUUCCCUUGGAAAUACAGUCAUGGGGCCACUGAGAAGUUACCCUCUUUUGUACAGAGCCUAAUGAGCUGUGUGUGGGCCCUGAGUUCGAUUACAUCCCAUCUCAAGAUGCUGCUAAUACAGUAGCUAAUUAUUCUUAGCUGAAGAAGUCUAACAGGAUCAAAAGGAACUGGUGAAAAAGCAAUGGCUGCCGCAGCUGAUGGUUUGGGAAGUAUAGCUAUAGAUACCACACAAUUGAACAUGUCAGUCACUGAUCCAACAGCUUGGGCCACGGCUAUGAAUAACCUAGGGAUGGUUCCAGUAGGUCUAGCUGGACAACAGCUUGUGACAGAUUCAAUCUGUGUGCCAGGCUUUGAUCCAAGCCUUAGUAUGAUGACUGGAAUCACUCCGAUUAACCCAAUGAUACCAGGCAUGGGGUUAGUGCCACCACCGCCACCAACAGAUGUGCCUGUAGUCAAGGAAAUAAUUCACUGCAAAAGCUGCACACUCUUCCCUCCAAACCCAAAUCUUCCACCACCUUCAACAAGAGAGAGACCUCCUGGGUGUAAAACAGUGUUUGUUGGAGGAUUACCAGAAAACGCAACAGAGGAAAUUAUUCAGGAAGUCUUUGAGCAGUGUGGAGAUAUAACAGCAAUUCGGAAAAGCAAGAAGAAUUUUUGUCACAUUCGUUUUGCUGAGGAGUUCAUGGUUGAUAAAGCCAUUUACCUUUCUGGUUACCGCAUGAGAUUAGGAUCUAGCACAGACAAAAAGGAUUCAGGCCGCCUUCAUGUUGAUUUUGCUCAGGCAAGAGAUGACUUUUAUGAAUGGGAAUGCAAACAAAGAAUGCUGGCCCGAGAAGAACGCCACAGACGUAAAAUGGAAGAAGACAGACUGCGCCCUCCUUCUCCUCCAGCAAUAAUGCAUUAUUCCGAACACGAAGCUGCUUUGCUGGCUGAAAAAUUGAAAGAUGAUAGCAAGUUUUCGGAGGCCAUCACAGUGCUGCUUACCUGGAUUGAGCGAGGCGAGGUGAAUCGUCGCUCUGCAAACCAGUUCUAUUCAAUGGUGCAGUCUGCAAACAGCCAUGUUCGCCGUCUCAUGAAUGAAAAGGCCGCUCAUGAGCAAGAGAUGGAACAAGCCAAGGAGAGUUUUAAAAAUGCCUUAACAGGGAUCCUGACUCAAUUUGAGCAGAUUGUCGCCGUUUUCAACGCUUCUACCAGACAAAAAGCUUGGGACCAUUUCUCGAAAGCCCAGCGAAAGAACAUAGACAUUUGGCGAAAGCAUUCUGAGGAGCUCCGAAAUGCUCACAGCGAACAGCUCAUGGGAAUCCGCCGAGAAGAGGAGAUGGAAAUGUCUGAUGAUGACAGUGGUGACAAUCCCAGUAAAAAGCUGAGAGUAGAUGAUUCAGCUCUAGCUGCCCAAGCAUACGCGCUUAAGGAAGAGAAUGAUAGUCUUCGAUGGCAACUGGAUGCUUAUAGAAACGAAGUGGAGCUUCUGAAACAAGAGAAAGGACAGCUCUUUCGAACAGAAGAAAGCCUUACAAAGGACCAGCAGCUGCAGUUCCUACAGCAGACGAUGCAAGGCAUGCAGCAGCAAUUGCUGAGCAUACAGGAAGAAUUAAAUAACAAAAAAUCAGAGCUGGAGCAAGCCAAGGAAGAGCAAACGCAUACACAAGCGAUGCUUAAAGUCCUGCAGGAACAGGAAAUCAAUGUAUUGACAGUAGCACUGGUCAACCAAGACAGAGAAAAAACUUCUGAGAAACGAAGUCCAGGUCUAAAAUCAGAGAAAGAGGCACUAUUAAUAGGUAUCAUCUCCACAUUUCUUCACGUCCACCCUUUUGGAGCAAAUAUAGAAUAUCUUUGGUCUUAUAUGCAGCAGUUGGACUCCAGGAUCUCUGCGAAUGAGAUAGAAAUGCUUUUAAUGAGACUGCCACGCAUGUUUAAACAAGAAUUCACUGGUGUAGGAGCAACACUGGAAAAGAGGUGGAAGUUCUGUGCCUUUGAAGGAAUUAAAACUGUCUGACUGUGACUAGUAAUGAAGCUAUGCAGAAGAAGAGUUCCUAGAGCAUGGCAGGGUUAUAAAGUAUUAAAGUAAGAAAUUUGGGUUUUGGCACAUAGUAGUAUGUUUUCAAAGUUAUCCAAGCCUAAUUUUAGUUACAUUUGUGACGUUCUCUUGUGAGUGGAAAUGUAGUUGUGCACCAAUUCCUAAAAUAAAAUAAAAUAAUUUAAAAAAAAAACCUUUUAAAAUGUGACAGAUCUGUUUCCUAUGAAAACUGAAGAAAGAUACCGCAGUCAUAAUGAUUUCAAAAUACAACAUGUCCUACAUCUAAGAAAAGCUCACUGAGCAAACAGUUAAGGAGAAAGAUUGCCCAGCUGUGGUCACUAGGCCACACUGAUGUAUAUGUAAUAUGUAGUAGAACUCAUUAAGUUUCGUUAUUGAAAGUUCUUUCUGUUUAGUAAGAGAAUUAAGUAAUUUUACAGUGAGGAAAAGCAUACCAAAAGAAAACUUGAAGAUGUGUCUGAAGUUAUUGUAUUUUGUAAAUUAAGUUAUAUGCUGUACCAGGGAUUUUUGCCUUAUUGAAAGAGGCCUGAAAAUGUGAUUGGAGUCCUCGAGAAUGCUUUAUCAAGAAUAUUAUUUUUCUAAUGUAACUAUUCUCCAUUACAAGUUCUUUUAACAUGGAUUGCAUAUCAAUUUUCAUAAACAUGUAAAUAAGGAGGAAACCAGUGUUACUGUAUUGUAUUUGGUAUGUAACAUUCAGGUUUAUGCAUCAAAAUAAAUAUUCAGUUGCAUUACUGUUACAAAUUUUAUAGCAAAUAUAUUAAUUUUUA